AUGACAUAUAAUUUCAUGGUGCUCCUACGACUUUUCCCCAGCCAUCGUCACGAAACGGAAACAAAACAAAUCGAAAUCGAUCGAGGAAUUGAAAACACAUUGACAUACAGUUCACAGUCGGCAGUUGGCAGUGCAUCGUCAUCACUCACAUUUUUGUUUUGUUUCGACCACAAAACAAGACUUCUCUACGGUGGUGCUCUCCCUUCCUCCCCCCCCCCCCCCGGGACCUCGGAUUUAUCGUUGUGCCGAUACAAUGACACUCUCACUGACAAUGUGACUGGUUCGGCCGGUCCCUCUGCCAACCCAUACACACAGACACACACUGAAGCACACCACCCGUCCACACCGAUCCGUCCAGUCCAGAAAGAACCACCCUCUCUGCCUAGCCUGCCCAUGGCGAUACUACCGGCUGCGGGCUGGGGGGGCCACCAGCAGCCGGCGGACGACCAGACAAACAGACAAGCAACUGUCGCUGGACUCAUACUGAAAUAUAUCGUCAUUUUUCCAACAAGGACAGAAAGAUUAGGCAACUUCACAAUAGAUGGAUGGAUGAAUAUAUUUCAGUUUCUAUACAUCGGACUGAGCUUAUCGACCUACCUAUCUCGAAAUGCAUUAGCUAAUGGGUCCCCCCCCCACUACAACUAG